AAGUAAAGUCAUACUUAAAUAUACAAUACAAAAUCCUUAUGAGGCUUAGUUAACUAUUAAAACUUUCUGAAAUGUCUGUAAUAUUUAAUGCGAGUGUAAAUACUAAAAGCGCUGUUGAGUAUCAGACAAUAUCAUCCACACAAAGUCAUUUAGCGGAGGAGCAGUCGGAGCGCUUGCACAAGUGGAUUUCAAAGGAUCAACUCGAGAAACUUCAUUCGGCGUUUCUAAACACUCCCGAGCGUCAUGUUGGCAUUGAUGAAUUGCGUAUCAUACUUGAAGAACUAGACAUAACGUUCAAUGAUUCAAUGUAUACACGGCUCUUUUUAAAGAUUAAUCAGAAUCAUGAUUUUAAGGUGGAUUGGAAUGAGUUUGUAUCUUAUUUAAUAUUUGGCUUUCAAGAGGAGGAUCCGAGCAGCCAAAAGGAGUCUUUAAUUUUACCAAUCUCCGGACCCCCAAUGGUUAGGAAAUCAGAACACCGUUCAGCUAUAUGUUGUUUGGCCCUCCUCAAAGCCAAAUCGAACCAAAUACCAAUUGAUGAAGUAACCGAGACUAUUAACUUUUCCUUUGGCGGUGAGGAUUCUCCAGAAGCUUCUGGAAUGUGGGUCACGGCCAGCCACGAGGGAAUGAUGCGUUUUUGGACAUCUCAUAUGGAACCAAUUCGAACUGCAUCGUCGGAAAGCAUAUACGUAAAGUGUGAAUACUUUACUUUAAAUUUUGCUAAUUGGUACCACGGCAACACCUCCAGCUAA